AUGUCUUUCCUUCAUGGAGUUCUUGACACUGUAAAAGAUGAUGAGAGUGUUACAAUGUAUGAUAAAAAUCAUGAUCCUAAUAUUGAUAAGCUUGUUGGCAUUUUACAUAAUAAUGUAGGUCAAGGCCGUCAGGCCUUCCCGGAGGCCGUGGAUAAGGUGGAGAAGGCAACGGGAGGAGUGAAGGAUAAAUUAGGUGAGUUGAUUGGUAAUUUGUCAUCUCCUUCAGGUAAAUACUACAAUCAAGCCUACGACCAGACCGACUUAAAUGGUCAGCUGCACGAGUGGACUAAGACUCUCCAAGGGAUUUCUACUGAGCUCACAAUAAUAGAAACACAACAGAUUAAUGACUUGGAUAAAUCACUUAGCACACGUAUAAUGCACAAAAUAGAACCAAUUCAGAAAUCGGUGGAGGUGCUGCUUGGGGCGGCUAAGGAGGAGGGGCUUAAGAGCAAGGUGAAGGAGGUGGAUGAUGCGCUCUGGAAACAGGAACAAAAAGUUAGAACAUCCGUUGGGAAUCUAAGAAUUGAGAAAAGGGAGAAGUUUGACAUAAUUAAAAAAGCGAUAAAAGAUGCGCAGCAUUUUAUGGACAAUGGUUUUGACUGGGAGUAUAGAAGCAAAAUAUUAGGCUGCUUUACUGCGAUCAAGGAUGCAAUAAUAAAUGCUUAUGAUUCGUUGAAACAGAAGAAGAAUUACCUGGACGGGCUUGUCAUGGACGCUCAGGAGCAUGUUUAUCAGAUAAAAAUAGGAAUCGGAACUGAAAGCAUCUCAUUUGGAGAUACUGUAUACGGUGGUUGGGGUUUGCUUAAGAUCGAGAUUAAGAAACUUGUUGGACAGAUUAAAGGGGGAACCAGUGGUCUAAAGCAGAUUGUUGAGGGAAUUGAGGCAUACGCCAAUGGCUUUGAGAAUGAGGCUUUUAGUAAGGUUUUGCAAAAGUGGAUUGAUGAGAUAGUGAACGAUGCAGAUGAAGGUAUUGUGGGUAGUAAAAUUAAGAAUUACGUUACAUUCAACCAAAACAAUGGUAAGCUUAGCGCAGAAGUUGGUUCAGAUAAAUCUAAGACUGUGCGACAAGCCAUUAUAGCAGAACUCCCAGCGUUCAUUCACGGAGAUGUUAAAACCGCUGCCGUGUCUACGCUGAAAAAUACCAAGGUGAAUAACAUUGAUGAGCAAUUGAGCGCUUUUGCGGCCAGGAUCGAAAGUGAACUUACAAACGAUAGGGACUCAUCAAUUGGAUCGGCAGUCCAAGCGAUUGAGGAGAAGUUAGGGUUGAAAGGAGUAACGAACAAUUACAGGCAAUAUCUUACAGCCGCCGUUAAGGCCAUUGCUAACUCUAUCAUUAAAAACUUCAUGCAAGUCGCCGAGGAGCUUAAGCGGUUCGCAAAGGACUCCCACAUCGCCAACUUGACGCAAAUAGGCAACAAUGUCGACAACAUCAAAAAAUAUUUUGACGGCACAAAAGCUGAAACAAUUAACGGAACAACUAAUUACGGCAAAAAAAUUGAUGAUGCGCUGGCAAAGGUGAAAGAUGAAAUUGAAGCGCUUGAUGGGUUGUUAGGUGUAAAGGUAGGCCAAGAUGGCUCAAUUCAGAAGAAGCUAAACGAGAUUCAAGAGGAACUUGGUAAUCUUCAUAACAUUAAAAAGGAUGAACAAGACGGCACAAUCCAUGAUAAGACCAAGGAAGCCGACGACAAAAUGGAUGUGCUAAAAACAGAAAUUAAAUACAAACUUCAUGUCAUCGAAUGGAAUACGAGAGAUGCGGAUGAAGCUUUAACACAUGCCAUUGAUGAAAUUGAUAAAGUUGUUCGGGAUGCUUUCUCCACCCUCACCGCCGAGGUCCGCGCUCUCUUCGCCCAGGGCCACAAAGCCGACCUGGCGGCGCUCAAAACGCUGGUAGAGGAGCAGGAAAAGAGAUCGAUAAGAUCAUUAAACAUGAUAAAAGCAAUGGCCCGAAUUAAUGCUCUUGGCAGUGCGUUAACUCCGUCUCCUGCGCCAGCUGUGAAAACUCAAGGAAACACAGAAGAUCGGACAAAAUUAAAAAACGUAUCCGACAAAUUCAGAGAAUAUUCAGACAUUAUUUUGGAUUACAUCGGUGGUCAAGCGAGAAAUCCAAGUGCCAUUGUCAAGCCCACUGAGCAGUCACUUCAGGUCGGAGACAUUAAAGAUGCGUUCGACCGCUUGAUAAAAUAUGUUGCUCAUCAUGAUGAUAAUAAAUACACUUUCGAUCACAUCUCUACAUCAUAUUUAGAUGCGCUUAAUGCGUCUCUCCAUAAACUUUCCCCCUCCCACUUCCACGGCUUCCACAACCCGCUGCUCCUCGACGCCCUCAAGGCCGGCAUGGAAAAAUUCACCGAGCAACUCUCCCACGCGUACGUGAACAAAUACUGCGGUAAAACAAUAACGUGGGAAGAAGAUAAAUAUAAUUCCGAAACCAAGCAAAAUUACAAAGUCCUCUCCACCGAGGGCCGCAGCUGCGCCAAGGUCUGCCUGACCAUACUGGAGAUAUUUAGUCAUGAUCUUAAUGAGCUCAAGCAUCAAUGUGAGACGAAUUGGAAGAAUAGAAAGAUAUGCCUUAAGAAUGGCAAUGGAAGCAUCAAUGAUCUCGGUUUAUGUCUGAAGCGUUUCGGUUACGGAGUUCCAUCCAGGGAAGACGUGCAGGACGACGAGUUGAGAUGUUCUAAAUAUAUGAACGGUAAUGAAAUUUUUGCAAAACUUACCAUUCCAACUAUAACCGAACGUGACGAAUACAACGUCAUUAGCACUCUCAAACAUAUCUGCGACAAUCUUCUCAUCUACUACCGUGUUUGCCACUACUCCACAUUACAGUCCAAGACAUAUCCAUCCUCCGUGUACCAAAUGCUUCUGUGGUUGGCAGGCUUACCAUAUAAUCCCGUAUAUGACGACUUGUCACUUAACGGUUUUGGCAGCCUGCUUGAUAAGCCAGAGGAGCAGGACACGGACACUGGCGAUGAGAGUCUGUCUGUCGAUGUCGACAACGGCGACACUGACGAAAGCCGUAUCACUCUCAAAGACGAAAAUGAAGAAUCGCUGGAUGCGUACAAAGAGAAGAUCACAGUUCCAAAACUGUAUGAAGCACUUGCAGAAGCAUGUUCACACGCCCACUCAGUACUCACUUCGAUACUUGGCCACGGCCACGCAGGUGGCAUCUACGCCGUCGACUUCAACACUAACGAAGAUAAAUUCUCGUAUCCUUCUGACAUGAACAGCUUAAUAUGUAUGCUAUUUGAGAUCGUAAAACGCCUUCACGACCAACUUUAUUUCCUGUAUAGACAAUGUAUGCAUGACAGUAAGCUUAGUGGUUGGUCAGACUGUUGGUAUGGUCACGAUAUUGGUGGUACAGCAUGGAAGUGUAAUACCCUCCAAUGUCCCAACCAAUCAGGUGACCAAAUUGCCAACCAAACACAUAAGCAAACAUGUAACCAAAAGUGCAACCAAAGUGUUAGUUGCGGUGUGAAAUCACCUUUGCAAUCGUUCCUCGAGGAUGGCCUUCAGGGCUUCCUACCUCACAGCCUCAAGUCUGAGAGAGGCAAACUUGAGUGUUCAGUAAAACCGCACUUUAACUUACCAUGUAAAACGCCGAUGGGUUUCUCAGAUAUUAGUCACAUGGCAUCGCAUAGGCAAACUGGUAGGCAUAUAAGAGAAGCGCUUUUCGAUGUUUGCAGUGGCGAAUGGUCUGCUUUCAGUAGACUCUGCAGCCUCCUGAACUGUCUGCUGCCUAGUGCUCCCAAAACGUUAGAUGACAUGUUCGGUUUCUACUUUAAUCUAGUCAAUGGGUGGAAUAAGACUGCAAAGCAGGCCUUCGAUAACGCCAUCAACGAAGCUAAUUUCAACCGCACCAACGCACGGUUGGACAUUAGUGCAAUAUUAAAGAGCAACGAUCAUGGCUCCGGCGAUAAUAUGCCACAUCUGAAAGGUGAUCUCCAUUCCCUUGUGGACUGCAAGUAUAAUGGAGAGUCACAUCCAGCCUAUCCAUGUGGUCCAUAUGUGCAGCCAUUGUGCUACUAUCGGUGCGGCAUUUUUGCUGCUAAGAACAAUGAUAAAUAUGUCUCAUGGAUUGUUUACUUGACAGAGUCAUUCCUGGAGUUGCUUGAAAAAUUGCACGAGGAAUGUUGCAAAAACUGCGACUCCGCAACGUCUAAGUGCAAAAUUAGUAAAUGUAAGGAUGAUUGCAAAGCUAAAGACGCAAAGAUGUCUGUAGCCUCUACUCACAAUGGGUCAUGUAAUUCCAUAGUACAUUGCAACCUUAUGCGUCCCACAAUGUAUAGAUGUGGCUUCGUGUUUCAGAGCAUAUAUAAACUAAGCGGCACGAAAAGUGUCGAAACGAAACGUACAUGUAAAGAUUUCUGUAACGCAUUGGAAAAAGUUAUUAACAAGGACGAGAAAAUAGGCGCAACGCUUGCGGAAUUAAUUUACAGGACGAUUCCCAAUUUCCUCUGGAAAAUCAGAGAACCCUUCACUUUCCUCUUAUUAGCCCUCUGGUCCCUCUCUUUGCUCUACCUGCUGCACAUCGCCGUCGUCCGCCUCGACGUGCUCCGCAUACGCUCCCACCUGAGAUCACCCUCAAGCCACCGCAUCGCCGCACAGUCACUCCUCGCCGCCGCUCGCGUCAAGGCACUCGCCAACGUCAAGUAUUUCUCACCAUAA